AUGUAUCCUUAUAUCGCAACUCUCAAGCACCCCACAAUAUUUUCCAAAGCCUUUUCCGCCAAUCUUACUCAGCAGACUCCUGAAAAUCCUUUGGAAAGAAGGAACUUAAUACUCCAGUAUCCACAUGAACUAUAGGUAUUUUAAAUUAAUUCUAUGGAUUAGCAUGAUAACUGCAAAUACCCGUACACGCUAUUGUUCUCUCAGCCAAUCUAUGCAAAGAUUUUAGCUAUAAAAAGAAUAAAGCCUAGUAAAAAGGAUAUUUCGAGAGGCUUUUAAUUGUAGGAUUAUAUAUUCAUGCUAACUGGUGAUAAGCUAAUGCAUAUUCUUAAGUAUUCUAAUGAAUCUAAACAAAUGGAAACUCUUAGCGAGCUUUAACUUGACUUUGGACGGGGACAAUAGAAGUUUGAAGAGGUUGCUUACAUUACAUAUGAUGAGCUCACAAAAACGGUUGUAAUUGUCUUCAAAGGACUCUAUCAAUUAAUAGUUGAGUUAGAAUAAGGAAACUCGAGUAGCGAUAGCUAAGACUUGUCAAUUAAAACUUACACUUUAUGUGAAUUAGAUAUUUAGAACUUCAUAAAAAUCAAGAAAAUCGUGAGAUCAAAUCCACAUAAUAAUUCUGAAAAGGAAGCUUAUUUAGCAGUCCUCUAUGAUGGAGUAACAGCCGCUGACAGAGAUGAUGAAGUUGAGAUUAAUGAGAAUGAGUAUAUACAUUUAAGCAUCUAUCAAGUUAAGACUCAGUUUGAAUUAGAUCAACUAAACCAAUACAAAAUACUUACUUUGGUAUAUGAUCUAUAAUUAGGGGCCAAAUCAGAAGAUCAACUUUUGAAUUCCUCUUAUUUUGUCAACUUUAGCUACUCAACAGCUUAAGACCAAUUAAUGUUGUUUUCUCAAAACGGAGUCUGGCUUUAUAGUUUGGAUUUUACAAAGUAUACUAAUAAAGGAGAUAACUUUGUCAAAUUUAUUCCGCUUAAUGAUUUAUCUGUAUUUAGUCUUUGGUUAUCAAAAGACUCCUUAAUAGUCUAUGGGUAAAAUAGUACUAUCAAUUUAAUUACUCUAUAUGGAUAAAACAGAAUACUUAUAGAUGAGCUAUUACUUGUCAAAAAUAAUCUUAAACUUAGCUAAUGCGAGUAAAUAGUUAAACUGAAUUCGGAAACACUUUUUAUUACGUCAUCAUAAUAAAAUCACUAGAUAUUAAAUGUUAACUAGCAAGGCAAAAAGAUUGAGAUUUUAAGUGAAAUCGAGAAUAAUGGAUCACUUGCGGAGACUAAAUAUUAUUAGGAUGGCUCUAAGUUAAUGCUUUAGAAAGGAUAAAAUAAAAGUAAGAUUUAUUUACUAGAUGAUCAUACAAGUAUUGAUUCAGUCACUUAUAUACCUUUGGAAUAUGAUGAUAUACUUCUAGGCUUAAAUUUAUAUGGUGAUAGUCUUUUAAUCAGUACAUAAUAGGGAUCUAGUAUUUUCAAUAUUAAAACUAAUUCAAUUAAUUAAACAAAAAAUGCGCAUUUAUCUGCUGAUAUUUUGAUUGGAAAAAAUAUCGAUAGCAACAAAUAUGCAUCAAUCUCCCACUAAGAGUUGAGAUUGAUUAAUACAGAAGACAACUCAUUCAAACUAGUUGAAUUAGAUAAAUAGAGUUUUGUGAUUAAAGGUGAUAUAACAGAUGACUACUGCGCAUUUUUCGAUAACCAAAAUCAACUUAAUUUGUAUCAAAGUAAAUCUCUAAAUAGCUUGGAUAACGUAAAAUUUGGUCAAGAUAAGCAAAUACAUGAUAUCUCUUUGAUUCAUAUUUCAAAAGAUUUGAAUCUCUUAGUUGUUUGCUAUUGGAAUGUAUCUAAAAUUUCAGUUUAUAGAUUACCGAAUAUUCGAGAGCCAAUUUAUGAGAUUAACCUACUUGAUUUCAUUAAUUUCUAAUCAUUCCAGAUAGAUAAAAUUAAGAUGCUUAAACUUAACUCUGACUUCUAUCUCUUGGUCGCCUUAACUAAUGGUUUCUUGUUAUCAUUCAAUUUCUACCCAUAACUUAUCCUUAAUCUUUAAACAUAUGGUCUAGAUCCCAGAAUGAUGAUUAGACUUAGCAAUAUAAAGAAGAUAGGUGAUUAUAUUCAUAAAAUUGUUUAACUUGAUGAACAUUCUGGUUUCAUUUGUUCAGAUAAUUCUCAACUUAUAUUUUAAGAUUUAAAAAGCAAAGUAAAGAGCUUGAGUUUCUAAAAAGUGAAUUGCAUAAUUGAUGAGAACUAAUAGUACAAUAUUGAAGAUUGCUUAGCUGCUGGGCCUAAUAGAGUAGUUUUAUAUUGUGCAGGGAAUAUCAUAUUAGGAUCUUAUAAAAGCUCUAGCAAUUCAGUAGAUCAUAUCUCAGGUAAAAGGAUUGACUUCGAUUGUAUGGUUUAAAAGUUUGAUUACAUCGAUGAUCUCAAGAUUUUGAUUGUAAAUCAAUUUGACUCUUUUUCUCUUGAUGCAUAGGAGUGUAAGACUUAGUUGAUAAGUUUGAAAAAUGACGACAAUUAAACUAUUGAUAAUAUUAAAUCUUAACCAAAUGAAUAUCCCUCGACAAUCUUCUAUCAUAAAUUCAAUAACAAUGAUAGAAUAAUAUUCACAGGUCAUUCAAUAAGAGUUUCUGAGGAUGACUAAGAAUUCGCACCUAAUAAGGGAAUUUUAUACGUACAUCAAUUAGUUGAAAGUAAUCCUGAGUAAAAUUAGGAUUAAUCUUUCAAAGCGUAAAAACUACACUAACUUGAUUUUAAUGGAGCAAUAGUUGAUAUCUAGCUUAUGCAGAUAGAGGAUGCAAGAAAAUAUUUAAUUAUUGCUGUCAAUCAAAAUUUCGGAAUAUAUUCUCUUUAAACUGCAGAAGAGAGAUAGAACUAUUCAUUAAUUGAAGACGAAGUAACAACAGUUUCAAAACAAACUUAUAUCUACAGGAUAAAAACAGUUGGCUGUAAAAUUUUAGUAGCAGAUAUCAUGAGAUCUCUUUCUAUUUAUACUUUUAACCCAGAAAUCUAAAGAGCUGCAUGCAUCUAAAUAUGCAGAGAUCCUUUAAGAUAGUGGUGCAUGGAUAUGAUUUAGAUAAAUGAAAAUCAUUAUCUUAUUUCUGAUUAUCACUACAAUAUCACAAUCUUAAGUUAAAAAUCAAAGGAUUAGAUUUCCUAACAAGGAGAUGAUUAGAUAUUUAAUGUAUUCGGUGGAUUUUAUAUGGGUCAAUAAGUAAAUUCAAUAAAUCUAGAAUUCCUCUCAAAGGAAAGAAAGAAUGAUGCUUAAAGACCUGAAGAUGCCUUUUUAUCUCAUUAGUACCUUCAAUCUUAAUAUUUACCCAAAAACUAAUCAUUCUUUGAUUCCCAAGCUCACUUAGACUUCAAUAAUCAAAUUUAAAAUAUGCAAGCAUUUCUAGCGACUUCAGAUGGUGGGCUUACCACAGCAAUAUUUUUGGAAUAUUAAGCUUAUAUAAUUCUUAAAUAUUUGUAAGAAUAGCUUGAUGAAGUCAAAAACUCCAAAUACAAAAUAAGAAAUUUCAGAAAAACCGAUGUAUAAAAGCAGCUUGAAGGAAUUGAAAAAGAUUAAGAGUUUUACGAUUUUAUAGAUGGUGACUUCAUUGAAUAAUUCCUCGAAAUGCAAGAAUCAGAUCAAAUUAAUAUUGUUGAUCAAGUAAUUCCAAGAAUAAAAUCUAUCCACAAUUCAGUGAAAAAUUAGGUUACCACAAACUUCAGUAAUAUUACAUUCAAAGACAUUAGAAUGCUUAUCGAAACUCUUAAAUCACUUCAUCAAUGA